AUGUCGCACACGCUGCUUUCGCUGAACUACGACGUCUUGUCGCAAGUCCUCCAACUUCUUUCUCCCACCGACGCCGCCCAGCUCGCCCUCGCGUCGCGUGCCGCCUAUGUCCUCGCCUUCCCCCGUAUCGUGUCCGAUGUCACGCUAGGUGGCCUCUACCACAAGCCCGGGGGCAGCGCCCUCUCGCAGCUCACCAACUUCUGCAACCUUUUGCUCGCGCCGGCGCCAGCGUGGCACGGAGUACCCUCGGCGCGCCUCGACGCCCUGCAGGGCUUGUCAGUGAUGCGCGACGCCGUCCGUGUGCGCAAAGCUGGCGUAUGGACCGUCGAUCCAUCCGCCGCAGCCCUCCUCUCCUCCGUCAUCGCGCGGGCCAGCAACCUCCAAAGGCUCACCAUUUGGGGCUCCGACGCGCUCUUCGCAGCAUACCCCGACUUCUGCAUCAACAGCAGCAGCUCUAUCCGCACCCUCAUCCUGGGCGGAGACGUGCCGGGCCUUCCCAUCCUUGCCCGUGCCUUCCCGCACGUGCGCGCCGUCGAGUUCAUCGCGGGCAGCGGGUCGUGCGCGCCCGACUGGGCGCUCUUCACCGACAACGACGCGGGCGACGCCCACGCAGUCAGCCCGUGGCACCAAAAGCUGGACCGUGUGGAGACUGGGUUCCCCAUCCUCCCCCUCGCGUGCCCCGUGCGCCAGGUCGCACUCCGCAAUCCGCUUGUGUCCGACACCUACGAGCUUUUCUGCGCGCGGGAGUUCUUGCGCCGCACGCGUCCGGUUGUGCUGAGCGCAUCAGCGAGCGCACACCUCACGGAGGAGGAGAUGUGUGCGGUGCUCGACGGCGAGGUCGUUGCGCCCGGCCUACGGUUCCUCGAGCUGGUCGGCGACAGGUGCGACGGCGUCAAAGAUGGCUCGGAAUGGAUGACGCACGUCGCGAACACGCUCUCGACACUCCAGGUCCCCCUCCUAGGUGUCGCGCUCUCCGUGACGCCUGCGAUCCCGUCCAUGCCUGUGUUCUCUUCACUCAAGCCGAGCUACGAGCCGGCGCCGGCGCCCACUGUGGCCGAGGAGCCCGCGGACCUGGCCGCCCUUGCGCGCACGGUUGCGGAGCACGCGCCGUCGCUGCAGUUCAUCGCGCUCGACAUCUCGGGUGCGCCUGGCGCUGCGAAGGACGCGCAGGCAUGGUUCCGCGCGUACAGCGCCGGCUCAGAACGCAAGGUUGUCAAGGUGGAGGAGACGGAGGGCCGAGCGACAAUGCGGAAGAUGCUCACCAUGAACCGGUGGGACUGA